AUGACGGCAAAAUCGGCCAGGGAUGACCGGAAGCAAUAUUGGGCUGAAAUAGCGACCUCCAUGGAACAGGCCUCGAACGCUGGUGGCACUCGAAAGCUAGCGGUAAGCCCUCUACACUGAGUGACUCUGUUUGCGAUGUGAACGGCGGCUUUAUUGCUGACAACUCGACCAAAGUCAAGCGCUGGCGUGAGCACUUUGAGCACCAUCUGAACUUCGAUACCCAACCUACCUCGCCAUUGCUCUCCUCCUCAGCGGAGUUUCUUCCCUCCCCUACCUAUGCAGUGCCAUACGAUCCCCCCUCCGAGGGAGAAGUCGCCGAUGCCAUACGAAAGUUGCGCAACAACAAGGCACCCGGAGUGGACGGUAUACCCGCUGAAGUCUUCAAGUCUUGUGUCGACACUCUGGCGCCCUGGCUCCAUGAGGUGAUUGAACGAGCGUGGAGAGACGAGGUUGUUCCUGAUGACUGGGGGUUACGCAUCCUUGUACCUAUCCUGAACAAGAGAGAUAAAACGAGAUGCGAUAGCUAUCGCGGCAUAAGUCUCAUCGACGUUGCUGCGAAGAUCUUCGUUAUUGUCCUACUCAGGCGAUUCCAGGCUGUGCGUGACUCAAGAACGAGGCCCAACCAAGCCGGAUUUCGUGCUGGACGUGGAUGCGCAGACCAGAUAUUCACACUGAGCAGCAUUCUCGAAUUUCGCCAUAGCUACCAACAACCGACGGCCGUCUGCUUCAUACUUUGCCGCCGCGUUCGAUUUCGUUCACCGUGAGUCCCUGUGGCGGAUAAUGGCGCUAGAUGGUGUACCGUCAAAAAUCAUCGCCAUGAUCAAUGCCUACUAUCGCUCUACUUCUGCGAGAGUCCUGGUUCGCAACAAUCUUUCCCAACCGUUCGGUAUUCGGUCUGGCGUCUGACAGGGUUGUAUCCUGUCACCAAUACUGUUCAACUACGCUAUUGACUGGAUCCUCGGGAGGGCACUACGCGAGAGUGACGGUGUUGAAUUUGCACCCGGACAUCGACUGGCUGAUCUCGACUAUGCCGAUGAUAUCGCCUUACUUGCUUCAAGUUUUGGUGAUCUGCAGUCUAUGGUGUCACGGGUGAACGAGGUCGCUAAAUCGGUCGGUUUGUCCAUAAACGCUGGGAAGACCAAAGUGUUCUCAAGCUGCAUCCCUGACCAGGAAAAGGCACCCCUCGGGAUUGAUGGCUGUCAGCUUGAAGAUGUAGACAGUUUUAAAUACCUUAGGGCGAGGCUGUUGCCUAAUGGACCGAGUAGGGAUGGCAUUGUCUCCCGAAUCGAUGCUGCCCGCUGGGUUUUUUCAAGCCUUCGGAAAUGUCUAUGGAUCCGAUAUGACCUCUCCAUCGCCACUAAGGUUCGCGUGUACGGUGCAUCUGUCUGGUCUGUCCUAUCUACGGUUCUGAAUGCUGGGCUUCGCGCGUGGAGUACGGGCGAAAACUGGAAGUAUUUGACCACCACUGCUUGAGGACCAUCCUUCGAGUGAAGUUCACCGACUUCAUCUCAAAUGAGACAGUCCGCGAUCGUUGCGAUAGCAUCGCAAGAAUAACUCAGGCCAUCCAAGAAAGACGACUGGGGUGGUUCGGGCAUGUUCCUCGUCGUCCACCUCAGGAGCUCAGUGUUACUGCCCUCGAUUCGGUACCGCUACCCCAUUAGAGGCGUCGAAGAGGGGAUCCGUUCAAAACCUGGCUCGACACAGUUCGUCAAGACAUGGAGGUGGUUCUUGGACCUUCGGUAUUUGGUCUACGUCGUUGGCGAAGAGAAUGCGUUGAACUGUCCAGAUCUGCUGCCGCGGAUCGUCACGCGUGGAGAGGUACAGUUAGGGACAUCAUCGAGGCCGGCUAGAUCAGACAUGAUCGCAGCCGUAUCAAGUACAAGUAAGUAAGUAAGUACAGGCCUGCACAGAUCAGUCUCCUCCUGAUCGACACCAUCGUCUGCCUCACGAUCGGGGAGAAUGCGAGGUGGAAGAACCCUCGCUCGCACCACUGGGUUACGUCCUCGCCUGGUAGCGCGAUCAGCGUAACGUGUUAGUGGCCAAGGCGAUACAUGGUGUGGACUGCUGGACGGAUUACCCCUUUACCGUCUCCGAUAUGAGUGCGACUUUGAAUCUACAGGCGCCCUCGAGGUUGACCGACAUUAGAUAAGUUAAAUAACGUAUCCGUGAAAACGGCUGAACGCAAUUAAAUUUGAGCAGUUGAAUGAAUUUCAGCCUGGAACGGAUGCAGACCAUGAAGACCAAUGUUGCUGAAGGACGCCACCCAGGCCAUCGUCAUGGAAACUCCCGGUCGCGAACGCCGACAACACCAAUAAAGUUGGUCUUCAGGGCCGCAGUACAGCAAAGGCCCGGAGGGCGGUGUAAAAUGCUUAUACCGAAGAGGUCAAAGGGGAUGCUGACGGUAAUUAAACGAAGACAUCCUCCGCGUACAUCAAAAUGACUUAUGGCCCCUGGCCCAUGGAAAUGCCAGGUGAAACACUUCAGAUGCGUCACCGAUAGGCCAUCAACAAUAUUCGACGAUGUUAACAAGCUCCCUUGAAUGUAAGCCAAUGCAGACCUCGACCGCCCAUCGCACUACAAUAGACCACCGAAGUCGUGCAACAGAUGUCUGGCAACAAAGGACCAGGCGCCAGCCUACUCACAUUUGGACUUUACAAGCACAGCGGCCCUCGGCUCGUGGAGUGACUCAACUACUUAUUUCGGGAAAUAUAGAGACAAUAGUAACUCCGUCAGGAAUCUAAGGCAGCCACUAUCUUUCACUUCUAUAAACUGACGGCAGACUGGCAACUGAGUGAUAAUCAAAGAGGCAUUUUUCUCCCAAGCAUUGCAGGCACAAACUUCAUCCGCAUUAUGCUCAGUUGGAGGAAUCUUCACCUGCAGCAAGGACUUUGCCCUGAAAGACAAUGUGAAUUUCGAAAAAAUCGCGGAACUACUGACAGUGCCUUCGUCACUCGCUAGAUAUGGGAGAAAUAUCAAAAAUGCAUACCAGUCUCUACGUCACUUUUGGGGACCCGACAAGGCCUUUCGAUACAGUCAGCUACGAUGGACUUUGGGGAGACAUGCCGAAAUCCGACUGUCCGGAAUGCCUUACGCUGUUGACGAGACAAAUACAUGAAUGAAUGAUGACCCGCGGCACAGACGGUCUCUGAAGCAUUUUUGGUGACAAAUAGGGCGAAGAAGGGUUGUGCGCUGGCUCCCACCCUAUUCAGUCUCAUGUUCGUCAGGCUCAUGGGCGUCCGUGAAUAAACAUUGCCUGUCCGAUUAGCAAACAGUUGCUCAACAACCUACACAUGUAGGCAAGUACACGAGUUUCCAAAGCCAGGGUUUAUGACAUAUUGGCAGACGGCGCGCUCAAGACCUCGGUGGAAGCAGAAGUGCAACAGAUUGUGGACGUCUUUUCCUCUCUCUGUAAAAUCCUCGAAAUGACUAUGAAGGGAACCUGAUGGGUCUUUAAUAAAAUUAUUUCAUUUAUUCAUUUACUCACUUAUUAACAUAAAGACAGUAUAAAGAAACGCAAGAUCAAUUUCAACGGAACUCGGACCACACCAAUGAACAAAUUCCCGUACGAUCUAAAGCAUUAAGACCGACGGCGAAAUCGCCCACCGCAUCUCGGAAGCCAGUCAGAUCUUCGCCCGACUACGACGUUCAGCUUAGAAAUAACACAGCCCCUAUCUGACCACGAGACUGAGCAUGCGUAUAUCCGUUAUCUUAACCACACUAGUACCGGUCAAAGACACGGACGGUCUACGAGAGUCAAGUAAGGAAAGAACCAUUUUCACCUCAACUACUUCCAGGAAAUACUGGAGAUGAAGUGGCAGGAAAGGAUACCCGGUGCUGCGGUCCUGGAGGGAACCGGUGCCCUCGGCGGAUGCACCGCGCUGAACCAAAUGCAAGUGCGAUGA